AUGUUUAUAAUUUUAUUAUUCUAGACUAUUUAUUCAUUGGGGCCAGCCAAUUUUUUAUGUGGAUUGAGACUCUAUUAUGCCCAAGAAUCAUAUUUCCUACUUGACUAAUAGAAUGAGAAUACUAUGCCAUACAUCCUUACAAGCAAAUCUCCUCAUUUUGCAUUGGAUGUUUAAUAGAACUAUUAAUCAGCACAUGGGAUGAACAAUAAUUCAUAUUUUCUCAUUAAUUUCCCUGAUGCUUACAUAUUUGCAGGAAAUGCUAGUGAUCUAUAAUGGUUGUAAAUUUAGGAAUUCAAGGUAAAACAAAAUUAAACUAAAGCUGACGUUUUAAUCUAUAAUGAUUAUUAUGGUUAUUAUGUAGAUAAAGCAAAUCAAGGUGGUCAUUUGUUAAUUUCUAAACAAAAUCUGAUUAGAGAAUUUACAUUUGGUAAAACGGAUGCAGUUGAUAAAUACCUCAAACCUGGAUUUAUUUAUAUUAUUGCUUGGUCCUCGCAAGGAGAUGUUAGUAUGAUAUUCAAAAGGUUUAUCUAAUUCAUUACUUAAUCAGAAGGCAUUAAUUAUUGCGAAUUAAAGACUAUAACGAAUUCUUUAGAUUAAAUAAAAUGUAAUUUGGAUUUUAAUUUCGAUCAAUUAACUUUCCAUACUCCGGAUCUCUAUCAUCCACCAGUGCAUUAUUAUUUAGGGAAUCAGACCAUCAAUGGUUCUCUUACAAACCAAUACUUUACAAAAAAUUAUCCAGGAUUAUAAGUUUUUGUUGCUUAGAAUUUAAGCGAUACAUUAGAAAUUAGAUUACCUAUAAAAAACAUGGAAACUCAUUAAAAUGCUGUUGAAUCUCCUCUAAGUGGGUUAAUCAUUACGAUUUAAUAAGAAAACAGAGGAUUUAUACAUAUAUUAAUCUUUGAAAGCGAUGAGGGAAUCAUUAUCAACUAUAAAGAAGAUGAAAAUUUGGCUUAUGUCACUAUAGGAAAGACAGAUUCAAAAGUGUUUGUGUUUUCAUUUGUUACCUCUUCUUUUACAAAAUUUCCUUAAAUAGAAUUAAUAUAGCAUGUAUUUCAAGAUUGCGUUACGAUAAUUUAAUAGCGUAAUAAUAUUUGCGAAAAACCAAAUAAAGAAUGUUAAAGUCUUUCAUAUGAUUAUUUUCAUUAAUUUGAUUUUAAUUUAAAUUUUGAUUAAUAAGUAACAUUUAAAAUCAAUGGAGAAUCAUUUUAAGCUCCUUACAUAGAAUUGUAUGAUGAUUUAAGUACAAUUUAAAAUGAAUUUACUAAUUUUAUAUCAUCAACAAUAAACAAUAGGGAAAUGAAUCAUGGGGGAUAUAUUGGGUCAUUUUUGAGAAUUACUAAUAAAAAUCAAAGCAUUAAUUCAUUAAUAAUCAAUGAACAGAAUGAAAAAUUAGAGGUGUAUUAUAAUAUUAAUGAUAACAUAUAUUCCCAUUCAGUUUAAAAUAUUAUUGGAAGAACGUAUGUUUUAGUAUUUGUAUCAUAAAACGAAUUAACAGAUAUGGAAUGUCUAUAAAUUUUUAGAGAAUUCAUUCACCAUAUUCAAAAAAUCUUCAUAAUUGAAUAAUUGGAGUAAAGAUGUGAAAGUUAAAUCAACAAUUUUGAUGUGAAACCCAUUCAGUAUAAAGAUAUUCACAAAUUAGUAAAGUAACCAACUGAAUUGCUUUAGAAAACUCACUAAUAAGAUUUUGAUAAGUAAAAUGAUUUUGAAUAUUCAACCAAUGAGGAUCCAGACGAAGAUUUAGAAUAUUUGGAUGAAGAUGAACAAAUGUACGCUAUGGAUUAUGAAAAUUAAGCAUAAUUUAUGCCUGAUAAUUAAGAAUAAUUUAUGCCCCAAAAUUAAGAUUAAUUUAUGCCUUAAAAUUAAGCUUAAUUUAUGCCUCAAAACUAAGGAUAAUUUAUGCCACAAAAUUAAGGCUAAUUUAUGCCUUAAGAUUAAGGUUAAUUUAUUCCUUAAGAUUAAGGAUAAUUUAUGCCUCAAAUGUAAGGCUAAUUUAUGCCACAAAUGUAAGGCUAAUUUAAUCCUAAUGAAGAUCCCUCAAUGGAAAUGUCUUAAGAAUAAUUUAUGGAAUAUCAAAGAAUGUUGGACAUGGAGUAAUAAUAGCAAUUUUAAUAAUAGUAUUAAUAAGAAUAAUAACAACAACAAUCUAGAAAAGUUGAGGAAAUUCAUUUUAACAAUCCUGGAAAUUAAAAAAAAUAAUAAUAAUAAAUCCAUAAAGUUGAAUAAAAAGUUUAAAAAAAGUAAUAAAACUAAAAAACUGUAUAAAAAAAAUAAAAUGUAAAACCACCUGAAAAGGUUCAAUAGAAUUUAAGAUAAAAUAAAUAAAAAAAUUUGUAAUAAUAAUAACAAUAAUAGUAAUAAUAAUAAUAAUAAUAAUAAUAAUAAUAAUAUUAAAACUAAUUGCCUUCUCAUAAUGAAGAUUCAAAAUAUUAGCAAACGUUUCAUUAAAAAGAAGAGUAUUAGGAUAAAAAUGAUAGGUAUAGAAGAAGAGAUUAUAGAGAAAGAGGAGAUUACCCUGGAAGGAGAGAUGAAUAUUAUGGCAGAAGGGAAGAUUACGGCAGAAGGGAUGAUUAUGGCAGAAGAGAUGAUUAUGGAAGAUCAGAUGAUUAUUAUGGUAGAAGGGAUGACCAUUAUGGAAGAAGAGAUGAUUAUUAUGGGAAUGAUUAUGAUAGGGAAGAUGGUAGAAGAGGGCCUGCAUUGACUGGUUAAACCAUAAUGGUUCCUAAAAAUCCAAGUGAUUAAGAACUAGGCAGAUUCUUUAGAGAAGUAAUAGGAAGAUUAUAAAAUAAAGGAAAAAAUUGA